GCUCACAGAGAGAGAGAGAGAGAGAGAGAGAGAGAGAGAGAGAGAGAGAGAGAGAGAGAGAGAGAGUAAAAAUGGCACUAGAAGCAGUGGUCUUUCCGCAAGAUCCAUUGAUCAACUAUACAAGCAGAGAGCUCUACAACUUGCUCGAAAGCAACUGGGGUUGCUUCGACUUCGGGUUGGAUCGGAACGAGCACGGAGAAUUUUUAGACUACCAAACGGAGAAGGAUUUCCCUUGCGGCGAGUGGAACAACAAUUCAUGCUCGUCAGAUGCAGGGAACAACACAGCACAAUGUCACUUGAAUAAUGACAAUAGCAAUAAUGGAUCAUCGAGCCACCGAGCCGCAGUUGUCGGCCGCCCGAAGCGGCGCCGCACGAAGAGCAGGAAGAACAAAGAAGACAUCGAGAGCCAGAGGAUGACGCACAUUGCCGUGGAGCGAAACCGGAGGAAGCAAAUGAACGAGUAUCUCUCCGUGCUCCGGUCUCUCAUGCCUGAAUCUUAUAUUCAAAGGGGGGACCAAGCAUCAAUCAUAGGAGGGGCCAUAAAUUUUGUGAAGGAGCUAGAGCAAAAGCUGCAACUACUUGGUGUUCAAAAGGAGAUGGAGUACUUAAAAUCUGAUGAUGACCAUGAUGAUAAACCAACUUCACCUUUCUCUGAGUUUUUCACUUUCCACAAGUACAACAACAACAACAACACCAACUCCUCCAGCUCACAAUCACCAUCAACAGCAACAACGACGACAGCCUGUUACAGCUCCACUAACGAAGCGGCUGCAGGGAACAAGCGGCCGUCGGCCAUCGCGGACAUAGAAGUGACCAUGGUGGAGAGCCACGCGAGCCUGAGGAUACGGACGAAGAGGAGGCCGAAGCAGCUCCUGAAGGUGGUGUCCGGGUUGCAUUCUUUGAGGCUAACCGUUCUUCACCUCAAUGUCACCACCGUGGAUCGUGUCGUCCUCUACUCCAUCAGCGUCAAGGUAGAAGAUGAUUGCAAGCUGACGGCAGUGGAUGAAAUUUCUUCUUCUGUGUAUCAGAUAUUCGUCAAAAUUCAGGAAGAGUUGAUUUAAUUAGAUUUUAUCAUUACCUUUAAAUUCCUCAUCCUCCUCUUAUUCUACUUCUUUCCUUUUGUAAUUUUUUCUUUUCCUUUUUUUACCUGUUUGUAACCUUUUACGGACUCAUAACGUAGCUUCUCUCUUCUUUAUUCCCGUAGAUUGUAGCCUGUUGUCAUGUGGUUAUUCAAAAGUUCGCCAAUUUCAUUCGAAA